GCGGGUGCUCGAGAGAAAAGCUUGCUAGCGCGAACGUGCUGCCUGUGACCAACCGGCGUGUCUUUCAUUAUAAACAACAGGAUAGUUCUCAUUCAAGACGAGAAAGUUCAGGAAAUCUUCAACGGAUUCUGUCCAGGAUCAUACAAAGCGCCAAUUAACGGACAUUACAUCUGAAGUGCGGUGGAAAAUCGUUCAUGAUGUCCGAAAGCGAAAACUGCGUGGAACAGCGGGAAGAGCAGACUGAACUUGAAGAAGCAGGAGGAGCGGAGGAAAAGUCUGAUUCCUCUGAUGCUGGAAAAGAGUCGUCUUCAGAUGCCGGACCUGAUGGGCAAGAUGCAUCCUCCUCCUCCUCAUCCAAAACUAAAGAAUCAGCUCCUGGCUAUGAGGAGAAAGUGCAAACAGACAGGACCAACAGAUUUGAGUACUUACUGAAGCAAACAGAGUUGUUUGCUCACUUUAUCCAACCAGCGGCACAGAAGACCCCCACCUCACCCCUAAAGAUGAAGCCAGGGCGCCCUCGCAUCAAGAAGGACGAGAAACAAAAUCUGCUGUCAGCUGGAGACAACCGCCAUCGUCGCACAGAGCAGGAGGAGGAUGAAGAGCUUCUGAAUGAGAGCACAAAGACAACUAAUGUCUGCACGCGCUUUGAUGACUCUCCCUCCUAUGUCAAAACAGGAAAAAUGAGGGACUACCAGGUCCGGGGUCUGAACUGGCUCAUCUCUUUGUAUGAAAACGGCAUCAAUGGCAUCCUGGCUGAUGAGAUGGGUCUGGGGAAGACUCUUCAAACCAUCGCCCUGUUAGGGUACAUGAAGCACUACAGAAACAUCCCCGGACCCCACAUGGUGUUGGUACCUAAGUCCACCCUCUACAACUGGAUGAACGAGUUCAAAAGAUGGGUGCCCUCACUGCGAGCAGUCUGCCUGAUAGGAGACAGGGAUCAGAGGACAGCCCUGAUCAGAGACGUGCUGCUACCUGGAGAGUGGGAUGUGUGCGUCACAUCCUACGAGAUGCUCAUCAUUGAGAAGGCCGUGUUCAAGAAGUUCAACUGGAGGUACCUAGUCAUUGACGAGGCCCACAGGAUCAAGAAUGAGAAAUCUAAGCUGUCAGAAAUUGUUCGAGAAUUUAAGACCACCAAUCGUUUGUUGCUGACUGGAACUCCACUGCAAAACAACCUGCAUGAGCUGUGGGCUCUGCUGAACUUCCUGCUGCCUGACGUGUUCAAUUCUUCAGAGGACUUUGAUUCCUGGUUCGACACAAACAACUGUUUGGGUGAUCAGAAGUUGGUGGAACGUCUUCACACUGUUCUGCGUCCUUUCUUGCUCCGUCGUAUCAAAGCUGAUGUAGAAAAAACUCUGCUUCCAAAAAAAGAGAUCAAGAUGUACGUGGGCCUCAGUAAGAUGCAGCGAGAGUGGUACACUAAGAUUCUGAUGAAGGACAUUGACAUCCUGAACUCAGCGGGUAAGAUGGACAAGAUGCGUCUGCUGAACGUUCUCAUGCAGCUGAGAAAAUGCUGCAAUCACCCGUACCUGUUUGACGGAGCUGAGCCCGGUCCGCCGUACACUACCGACCUCCACCUGGUGGUCAACAGCGGAAAGAUGGCGGUCCUGGACAAGCUGCUGCCCAAAAUGAAGGAGCAGGGUUCUCGUGUGCUCAUCUUCAGUCAGAUGACCAGGAUGCUGGACAUCUUGGAGGAUUACUGCAUGUGGAGGAACUACGGCUACUGUCGCCUGGAUGGCCAGACGCCACACGAGGAAAGACAGAUCUCUAUCAACGCAUACAAUGAGCCAAACAGCUCUAAAUUCAUCUUCAUGUUGAGCACCAGAGCUGGAGGUCUGGGUAUCAACCUGGCUACUGCAGAUGUGGUCAUCCUGUACGACUCGGACUGGAACCCUCAAGUCGACCUUCAGGCCAUGGACCGAGCUCACAGAAUCGGUCAGCAGAAGCAGGUACGUGUCUUCCGUUUCAUCACUGAAAACACGGUGGAGGAGAGGAUCGUGGAGAGGGCCGAGAUCAAACUGCGACUCGACUCUAUUGUCAUCCAGCAAGGAAGACUGGUGGAUCCAAGUGCGAGCAAACUGGGCAAGGAUGAGAUGCUGUCGAUCAUCCGCCACGGUGCCACACACGUGUUCGCUUCCAAAGAGAGCGAGAUCACGGACGACGACAUCGACGCCAUCCUGGAGAGAGGUGAAAGGAAGACUAUGGAGAUGAAGGAGAAGCUGUCUUCACUUGGUGAGAGCUCUCUGAGAAACUUCACCAUGGACACAGAGAACAGCAGCGUGUACACGUUUGAAGGAGAGGAUUACAGAGAGAAGAAAAAGGUCAUCACCAACUGGAUCGAGCCCCCCAAGAGAGAAAGGAAAGCCAACUACGCUGUGGAUGCCUACUUCAGAGAAGCUCUGCGAGUCAGCGAGCCCAAAGCACCCAAGGCUCCUCGUCCUCCCAAACAGCCAAAUGUCCAGGACUUCCAGUUCUUCCCUCCUCGUCUUUUUGAGCUUCUAGAAAAGGAAAUUCUCUUCUACAGGAAGACUAUAGGCUACAAGGUUCCCCGUAAUCCAGACAUGCCAAACUCAGCCCAGGUUCAGAAAGAGGAGCAGGCGAAGAUUGAUGAGGCGGAAGCUCUUACAGAGGAAGAACUAGAGGAGAAGGAGAACCUGCUCCAACAGGGGUUUACCAUCUGGAACAAACGAGACUUCAACCAGUUCAUCAAAGCCAAUGAGAAGUGGGGUAGAGAUGACAUCGAGAACAUCGCCAGAGAGGUUGAGGGGAAAACUCCAGAGGAAGUCAUGGAAUAUUCUGCUGUGUUCUGGGAGCGCUGCAAUGAGCUGCAGGAUAUCGAGAAGAUCAUGGCUCAGAUCGAGAGAGGAGAGGCCCGAAUCCAGAGGAGGAUAAGCAUCAAGAAAGCACUUGACUCAAAGAUUGGCCGCUACAAGGCUCCCUUCCAUCAGCUCCGCAUUUCCUAUGGUACCAACAAAGGCAAGAACUACACAGAGGAGGAGGACCGCUUCCUCAUAUGUAUGCUUCACAAGCUGGGCUUCGAUAAGGAGAGCGUGUACGACGAGCUGCGUCAAUGCAUCCGCAACUCGCCGCAGUUCCGCUUCGACUGGUUCCUCAAAUCCAGGACUGCCAUGGAGCUCCAGAGGCGAUGCAACACCCUGAUCACGCUGAUAGAGAGAGAGAACAUGGAGCUGGAGGAGAGGGAGAAGGCUGAGAAGAAGAAACGGGGCCCAAAAACUGGCUCGGCCCAGAAACGAAAGUCAGAAGGAACCCCAGACGGUCGUGGACGGAAGAAGAAGCUCAAGUUGUGAAACUGUUAACAUCUUGAAUCUACUGCAUACAGAGAGCAGCAGCCAGCUCUGGUAUGGUUAGUCCUAGUGUUUGUGUUUGUUGUACAGGCUGUGAUAAUGUACUGUGUAAAACCCUCUGAUGGACUGAUCUCAUCGUAUUAGGUUUUAGGGAGUGCUCCUGUACAAGCCUGCCUUGUUGUCACUUACCUAAAUGCUGCAGCUGUGCUGGUUUAGUGUUUGCUAGACUUUUUUGUACUAGUACUAAAUUGAAAUAAAUGUAUUUAUGUUGGUUGUACUACAUUCCAUUGCUCUAUACAAUAUGUACCCUUUUUAUUUUGAAGAAAAGUUUUCUUUAUCUUCCUAUGUGAAGUAGAAAAUGUCUUUUUGAACAUCAUAAAUAAAG